CAACUGGACAAACUUUUGCCAAAGAAAACAAAGGAAGAACUUGAAGCAAUUGCCAGAGACAACAGCUUAGCUCCGGAUAAAAAAUACGUGAAGUUCCACGAUGUUUUUAACGAACUGGACGCAGAAAUCAAGGAGAAGCUUCCGUUGCCGCCGAUGUAUGCGGGUCUGCACGACGAAACAAAGACCAAAAUAAGAGCAAUUUUCCGGGAGAAGACGAGCUUCGAUGAGAAACAGGAGAAGCUUGAAAACCUGUAUCAGACAUUAAGCGAAGAAGAGAAGAAGCUAGCACCCGAGUGGGGAGAGAUAAGGCGGUAA